CAAUCCCCAUCUUAAUUCUCCUCCAUCUCUUUCCCUACCCGUUCACGUUCUCCAUCUUCAUUUUCCUUCCAUUUCUUCUAGCUCGUUCCAAUUGAUGGAGAAAGCGGAUGAGAGCAUAGCCCAUGAUCUCUCCCCCUUCCUCCGCAUCUACAAGGAUGGUCGCGUGGAGCGACUCAUCGGCAAGGACGUGGUCCCCCCAUCAAAGGAACCCACUAGUCCCGGCCUCUCCAAGGACGUCGCCAUCUCCCCCGAGCCUACCGUCUCUGUUAGGCUCUACCUCCCAAACAAUCCACCACCCUCUUCCUCGAAGCUCCCAGUACUGGUCUACUUCCAUGGGGGAGGAUUCAUGAUCGGGGCCGCCGUGUCUUCCACCUACCACAAUUACCUCAAUGUCCUCGCAGUCGAGGCCAGGGUAAUUAUUGUCUCAGUGGAGUACCGGCUGGCACCUGAGUGCCCGAUCCCGGCAGCGUACGACGACUCGUGGGCUGCCAUCAAGUGGGUCGGAUCCCACUUCAGCGGACUGGGCUAUGAGGAAGAGAUCAAGUUGAGCAACGGAACAGGAAUUGGGUUUGAGCUUGCGGGGUUGAUCCUCGUGCACCCGUACUUUUGGGGUAACGAUCCAUUGGAGGACGAAGCCACGGAGCCCGAGAAGCUGGCUAAGAUCGAGAUCUGGUGGAGGCUCGCGAACCCGACCACGACGGGCUUUGAUGACCCAUAUUUUAACCCUGGAAAGGACCUGGGCAUCCUAAGGAUGGGGUGCUCUAGGAUCUUGGCCUGCGUCGCCAAGAAGGACGAGCUGAGAGCAAGGGGAUGGUAUUACAAGGAGGUGAUGGAGAAGAGCAGGUGGGAGGGAGAGGUGGAGGUGAUGGAAGCAAAUGGAGAGGACCAUGUCUUCCAUCUUAUCAACCCUACCUCUGAGAAUGCUAUUGCUAUGAUGAAGAGGCUGGUUGAGUUCAUGAAUGAUCAUCGUUAAGGAAUACAACAAUUUAUAAAUUUAAAUAAAUGUGUGUACUCGAUCCAUCGGUGUGACUUCAUAAGGUUUCUCUUUCAGUUAUAGUAAGUUAAAUGUUAAAUUGUACGUACUUUUUAUCGAAUAAGAUUGAAAAGAAUGAUUGCUACGACUUCUUCA